AUGAAUACCUCCAGCCUUAUACAAGGAAAGAGAGAUGGGGUAAAUAUUGGUGGAAGCGUUUUUCCACAGGAUGUUGGGCAACAACAAGAUGACCAUCAACACCGCAACAUGAGGAACAUGAAGAGCAGCAACACCAACAACACCAACAAGAAGAAGAAUACCCUGGUAGUGGCACUUUCGGCUCUUGGAGGAGUGCUGGCUGGCGAUGAGGGGGUAGCCAUUGACGAUGAGUAUUGCUACAAGCCUUCGUCCGACAACGAUCACCCCAUUCGAUGCGUCAACGAUCAGUCCAAUCAAGUGACUCAUGUGCCGUGUGUUUCCUACACGGAUCAUCCGGCACAACCCGAUUGGGGAUGCACGGAUCGUGAACCUCUCUGUAUCACUAGUACUGGUGUAGAUGAUUCUGAUGCUUUGCCCGGUGCGUUUGGAAUACAGUGUAUCGAAGCACCCGCAGUCGAGCAAGACAUUGUUUCCGCCACCAGUAGUAAAAAGAUGGGUCUCUGGGGACUCAUGGCACCCAACAAAAAUACUAAUAAUGCGCAAGCCUUUGGAAUGGCCCAGUACAACCCAAAUAAUGCCACUGAAGAUGAAUUCGAAAUUACAUCCCUUUGCAACGGAUGUCCCUUGUCGAACCAAGGAAGGGAUUGUGAAUCCAACAAGACAUGUGAUACCCUGGGAGGCGUCCACAUGACCAGUUCUACGACCCAACCAACUGCUGCCACUACUACUACUACUGGCGUGUAUGCGUGGUAG